AUGGUGUCCAACAAGACCUUGAUUUUCAACAAGAUCCCCACGGGACCCCUCCUACUCCCCGCCUUCGAGAUUGGCGAGCCCAUCGUCAACUCCACCGUGUGCAAGGUGUUGAGGAGCGACGCCCCCGAGUACAAGGAGGGAGAUAUCGUCAUCGGCUACCUCCCCAUCGCCGAGUACGUCGUCACGAACCCGACGGACGGCAAGUUGCGCAAGGUUCACAACCCGCACAACCUGGAUCUCGGCCUCUUCCUCGGCCCUCUCGGCAUGCCCGGCCUCACGGCGUGGGCGGGUCUCCACCGGAUCGGAAAGCCCAAGAAGGGCGAGACCAUCUUCGUCAGCUCGGCCGCCGGCGCGGUCGGCCAGGUCGUGGGCCAGGUGGCCAAGAAGGAGGGUCUCAAGGUGAUUGGGUCCGUCGGUUCUCAGGACAAGUUGGACUUCAUCACCAAGGAGCUCGGCUUCGAUGCUGGGUUCAACUACAAGGAGGAGAAGCCGCUGGACGCGCUCAACCGCCUCGCACCCGAGGGUAUUGAUAUCUACUUUGAAAAUGUCGGCGGCGACCACCUCGAGGCCGCGCUGACGGCCAUGAACCGUGACGGCCGCAUUCCCGUGUGUGGCAUGAUUGCUGAAUACAAUACCCCGCCGGAGAAGCGCAGCGGCAUCAAGGGAUUGUUCCAGCUCGUGACCAAGCAGAUCCUCAUGGAGGGUUUCCUCGUCGGCCGAGACGACUUUGGCCCUGCCUACUUCAAGGAGCACCAAGAAAAGGUGCAGGAGUGGCUCGCUGACGGGAGCUUCAAGGCCAAGACGCAUGUGACCGAGGGUAUCGAUAACGCGGCGGAGGGCCUCGUGGGCAUGUUGCAGGGAGAGAACUUUGGCAAGGCUGUAGUGAGGAUUUAG